UCCCCUGCAACGUCCUCCCCGCCUCCUAAGGUAGGCAGUCCACGGCGCACAGCUGCAUCUCUUCGUCCGCACUCGGUCUUUCGCUCCCCGUCUGACGCGACCGGGCCGCGCAUCUUCAUGGUGACAAAUGGAGUCUUUCAAUCAAAAACUGAACAGUCAGUUAGAGUCAUGGAUUGGACCCAGGGAUCAGCGGGUUCGGGGAUGGCUGCUGCUCGACAACUACCCACCAACAUUUGCACUCACCGUCAUGUACCUGCUGAUCGUGUGGAUCGGCCCCAAGUACAUGAAACACAGGCAGCCGUGCUCCUGCAGAGGCCUCCUGGUGCUCUACAAUCUGGGCCUCACGCUCUUGUCCUUCUACAUGUUCUAUGAGCUGGUUUCUGCUGUGUGGAGCGGCGACUACAACUUCUACUGCCAGGACACUCACAGUGCACAGGAAGUGGACGAUAAGAUUACAAAUGUCCUCUGGUGGUACUACUUCUCCAAGGUCAUCGAGUUCAUGGACACCUUUUUCUUCAUAUUACGAAAGAACAAUCACCAGAUCACAUUUCUUCACAUCUACCACCACGCUAGCAUGCUGAAUAUCUGGUGGUUUGUCAUGAACUGGGUCCCCUGCGGCCAUUCGUACUUUGGCGCUUCGGUGAACAGCUUCGUCCAUGUGGUGAUGUAUUCGUACUACGCGCUGUCGGCCAUCCCGGCCCUGCGGCCCUACCUUUGGUGGAAGAAGUACAUCACACAGUUACAGCUGAUCCAGUUCUUUCUCACCAUGUCCCAAACGAUGUGUGCAGUCAUAUGGCCAUGUAGCUUCCCCAGGCGAUGGCUGUACUUUCAAAUAAGUUACAUGGUCACGCUCAUUUUCCUUUUCUCAAACUUCUACAUUCAGACUUACAAUAAAUCCAGUGGUUCUCCAAAGAAGGAGCACGAAAACGGCUCUCUGGCAUCAAAAAAUGGACAUGCAAAUGGGACGCCAGCCACACACAAGAAACUGAGGGCGGAUUGACCUUUGAGAAUCAUUGACCUAAUUCUCACUGUAGCAUGCGAGCUAAUGCUGCUACGAGGUUUAUGUAUCUUCCUAUCCAGAAUAGUUUAGCACUCACAUAGACACAUAGAGACUUUCCAUGGUAUUGAAUAAUAAAUUCAUUUAGUAGAGCGUUGUUGCAUGCUCACUGAAUGAAUACCUCACCCACUUUCUGCAAGUAAUUCACUCCAAAGAAAAGAGAAAGCUAUUGCUACCAGCAAUCUAACACACAUUUAGAUUCAUUCUAUGAUGCUUUUCACAGAAAAGGUUCAAAAGUGUGUGUACAGCGGAAAGUUUUAUCCCACUGAACGAGGUUUCUUUCAGCUGCCAAAGGGACAAAUAAAAUAACAAUUCUUAAUAUGGUCCUUAAUGUGUAACUAAAGUAUGCAUCAUAUGCCUUGCUUGGCAUGACUCCUUGCUCUUGUUGCAUAUUUCUAAAGUUUGCACAGUUUAACACUGUAAAACGUUUUUAUUGACAGAUUGAAGAGCAGGUUUUUACGUUUGGAAUAUUUAGCUGUCAAACCAAAGCAUAGUGUACUUUAGGGGCUCAUAUUCAAACCAGUUUGAGGGCAAGUCAAUUUUAAAAUAUAAAUAUAAAAUCCAUUCUCCUCAAACCCCCCCGUGUUAUUAAAAGCUAUUUGUCUCCUCUCAGAUGAAUACAAUAUCUACUGUAGCCCUAUCCAUUAAAUAUAAUUAAAACAAAUUAAACAUAGGUCUGCUCAUUGGUAACUAUGUAGAUGGCCUAUCAAGUAAAUCAUAUUGUAAAAUUCAAAGAUAAACACUAAAGUAAAGUACAUUCAGAUGAACCUGAACAUAUUGUCAUGACCGUGGGAACAGCAGAUGAAAAAAGAUCCAUUUGGUAGAUGCUGUAAAGCUUUUGACUUUCCCUCAACUCAUUGAACUAAAAGAAUAGAAAUUCAUGACAACUGGACAAACCCCAUCCACUGAGGAAGAUAAUGUGACACGAUCAAAAGCUCCAAAGCAGCUACCGAAUGGAUCAUGAGAUGGAAUUGUUUUGCCAGUAAAAUGUAGUAGUUUUCAUGAGUCUUUAUAUUAAUAUGGUGCCUUCUGGACCAGUUUAUUUGGUUUAUAAUUUAGCAUUUUUCAUCUUUUCAAUAUGCUAUGACCAGAUUCAUGUUGGUCCAAACUUCCAGUUCAGAUCCUGUGCCUGAUGUUUCUUUUUUUUGAUAUAUCAAAUGUCCUUCGCUGUCACUCACUGUCGCAACAGUGAUGUUUAUCUGGUAUCAGACAAUAGAGAUAUGCUCGUACACUGUCUUGCUCAGAGUUAGAUGAGAGGAAGAACAUUUCCCAAAAUUUGGAACCGAUCACAUUUUACCACAUUGAGAUGUUAUUAACGUUAAAUAAUAGUGUUAUGACAAGAUAGCGGAUUGUUGUCUAUUUGAGGAAAAGAGGUUGUGGGGUUUGAACUAUUUAUUCCUUUGUCUUCCUUAUGUUUAUGUUAUUGACGUUUUAACUAAACCACUGUCAGGUAGAUGCUGGUAUUGAAGGCGAUGGUACGAGGAUGUUUGAAUCAUGAACUCUGCAAAACGCAUUUUUUCUCAGUGGAGCGUUGCUGCACUCGCUGCCACGCUGAAUCAAUUUCAUGAGGUACUGUGUGGCCUUAGCAUGAGCACAACAUGUUGCUCAGAUGUAUGUAUAUGACCUAGAUUUAUUUUUAGCGCAGCAGAAGUUGUCUUUAAAUUCUUAAUAAUUCUUUCAAUUUUGUCUGCAUGAUCAAUCUGAUUUGUAGAUAUCUGCCAAUAAGAGAAAGCCCGUUGAACAUCCAUGAGCUAAAAUGAACUAAACUAAAAUGUAAUGACGCUAAAUUACUAUUAGUAUUACCAGCUACACGCCAUCCUGCUGCACUUCCUCUUUUGUAGUGCUAAAGGUAAUAGGGUCGAUAUAUUUAAGGGCUGGAUUAGCAUUUAACAAGAUCCCAAUUGGUAAAAGCCAAGGAAGCAUAUGUAAAGA